GCAGGUGUGCGGGUCGGGUUUCUCCUUAACCAUGCAGCCUGCAAAACGGUGGUGUCAAGUGAAGGAGUCGAGAUGGGAAAGGAUAUCGCAGCGGGGUGAAGCUCUCAGGGUCCAGCCGUGAUGACAACAUAAAAUCCUCGCCGGCUGCAGUGUGAUAUGGAAUCUGCCCCAAACUGUAGUGAGGUGUGUGGAUUUACAGACUGCGGUGUCACUCUAGGAUUCGGCACGGAGGAAGCCUGGAAAAUUGUGCAGAGGCUCUGUAAAAUAAACAGUUCUGCUGGUGAGACCAGACUCUCCCCUCCUGUCCGUGCAGCAAUGUGGACUCUGCUUUCCUUUGGAUGCCUACAGGCCUUGUUCUUUCUGGGUUUUACGCUACGUUUCAGAAAUAAUAGGAUUGUAAAAAUGUCCAGUCCCAACCUCAACAUAGUGACACUGUGUGGAAGUCUCUUCACUUACAGCAGCGGCUUCAUGUUUGGAAUCGAGGAAAGGCUGACACUAUCAGGAAACACUACCAAAGCUCUAAUGCAGGCCCGUAUCUGGAUUCUGUGUAUCGGAACCUCACUUGUGUUUGGACCAAUCUUGGGGAAAACAUGGCGCCUUUACAGAGUCUUCACCCAGCGUGUGCCAGACAAAAGGGUGAUUAUUAGAGAUAACCAGCUCCUGGCCCUUGUUUCUGGCCUAGUAAUGGUGGAUGUCCUGGUCUUGUCAGCUUGGGGUUUGACUGACCCUGUGCAGUGUAUCCGCACCUUCAGUGGUGCUGUUAAGGUUUCAGAAAGUCACAUCUCAUAUUCAGCCUCUAAUCUGGAGUACUGCUCUUCCCUCUACACUGAUGUCUGGAUUGUUUUGUUUUCCAUCCUUAAGGGAAGCCUUCUCCUCUAUGGGAUGUACCUGGCCGGUUUGACAAAUCAUGUGAGCUCUCCACCAGUGAACCAGUCUCUGACCAUCAUUUCCGGUGUUUGCACAAUGACUAUCUCAGCGGGACUGGUGAUCCCAGUGGCACGGUUCUUUCACAAUUGGCCCAAUCUCAUUUUCUGCUUGAUCUCUGGAGGCAUCUUCAUUUGUACGCUCUGCAUCAACUCAUUUGUAUUUAUACCCCAGCUGACCAAAUGGAAGCAGUUUGAGGAGGAAUCCAGCCAAACCCCGGGUCGGAUGGCGAAAUACUUCAGCAGCCCCAGUAGGAAUGUCCACUCGAUCUACAGUGAAGACGAGAUGUUCUAUCUUUUGGGAGAGAAUAACUCCAUGAAGCAACUACUCACUGAGAAAGAUGCUGUCAUUGAAAGCCUUCAAGAGCAAGUGAACAAUGCCAAGGAGAAGCUUAUGAAGCUGAUGUCUAUGCAGAGAAAUGAUGAUGGCACAGAAGAUGUGAUUGUUCCCAUUAAUUUCAGCCCAGAUUCUGUCACUGUUGCACAAACAGAAUCUUCAAAUGUCCAGGGGAACCCAGAUGGAGCAAGUAUUACAGCUUUUGACCAACACAGCCAUCUAGCAAAAGGGUAUCCACCAGUCAAUCAACUAGAACAUAUCUCCUUAUCCCCAAAAAAUGAGCAUGACAUUUCAAGGUGCAGCUCAAGACAGGUCCCUCUCAGUGCACCUUCAAGCAUCCCAGAUCUAGUUACUUUACAGGCAGCAACUGUUUCCUUAUCCCCCACCCUGCAAACAACCAGAAAUGAGAUGUUAGCCAGCCCAACAAUGUCACCCAUCCAUAGGUCUACAUUGGAUGCAAUACUGGCAAGUUCUACCUGCCUAAAAGACCAAUCGGCAUCCAAGACACACAAUUAUGUCAGUAGUGACAAACUUCAAGAGAUUUUGCAAGAUCUUAGUGUUGAUGCUGUUGGCUUGCUAAAAUCACCAGAUGGGAGAAGAAAGAUUGCAAACCAUAUGCAAGAGAGACCAUCUGCAAUCGCGCAAAAAGGUUUGCAACAAUAUGCAAAAAGUAUUUCUCCAUACAUGAUGAGAAAAAGACGCCCUCCAUUUCAUGGAAUGAAGGGAGUGUCUUCGCCAUAUUAUUUCCCUGGGUCCUUACCUCCACAUCUGGGGACCAACCAAGAAAGCAGUGAAAACCACGCAGAGCAGAACAGUGAAGAUCUGCUUAUUCCACCCAAUGCUACAUUGCAGGAAUGCCUGCCCACUAAUAAUGUCAUAAGAAGGCCAUUCUCACCACAGGAUAUGGAGACAGGCGCACUGAGCACAAAUCUAAUGGAGCCACACAAUUUCAUCACACUCACUGACACCUGCCAUGCCCGCAAAUGCAGAAACAAGCCAUUCUCCAAAUUGCACUCCAAAAUGACAGCCUUUGAGGUAUCAAAAUGUGAAGAGCAAAAGAUGCAUGAUGCCUAUGAUUAUUCUGACUCAGAUUCAAGCAGCUCUGAUGAAAAUUACUGUUAUUAUCACAGGCCAUACUGUGAAGCGUGUUUCCAGGGACCUUAUGAGUCUUCUGACAGUUGCACAUCAGGAAUAUCGGACAGUGAGAGUGAAGGCCAUCAGCUGCGGCCCUCCAGUGUUUACAUGAAGGCCCAUCCUGUUGUGAACUUCAAAGAUGAUUUGAAGCCAACCUUUGUAUAAAAACACUUAAUAGGAGAUCCGUCUUAACAAUUAAAAGAGUGAUAAAUGUGUUAUUUAAUAUCUUCUUAAAUUGUAGGAUGAAAAAAAGUUGUGUAUUUUUAAGAAAGGCUGGACUUCAACCAUUUCACCCAUCCACUAGCCCAUACAUUUGUUUCAUUCUGGUUGUGAAGCAUCUAAUAAUCGCCUGUCUUUUGAUUUAUUUAUAUUUCAUUUAAUCCAUUCAUGUAUCGAUCAAUGUAUCAUCCAUCCAUCUGUCCAUUUCAACCCUUCUAUUAGUCUCCAUUCCACCUGCCUUAAAGUUGAUUCAUCUAUCAUUACUUUCAUCUAUCUAUUAAUCAAUUAACUCAUCCAUUUAUCUUAUUCAUAUCGACAGUCCCCAUUAUAUCCAAGUCUGCUUUAUUCAUUUAUCAGCUGUUCCAACCAUUCAUUGAUUAAUGAAACAUCCAUCCAUGCAUCUCCCAUGCACCCAGUUCCAUUCAUUAAUUACUGUUUCUGUCCAGUUAAUGAAUCAUCCACCUAUCAAUGAUGUCGUCUAUCCACCAAUUCAUUCAAUCUCCAACCUAUGAACUGAUUCAUCCAUUGGUCUUUAUUUUAGUGCCUCCUUUAAAGAACUACUCCAUCCGAAAAUGAUUUUUUUAUGUUACUUACCCCUUGUAGUUUAUAGUGAUGGUCAAGAAAAAAAAAUAAUCUCUUGUCUUCAUGCAGAACAGAGAUAAAAAGUUUGUUAUAACAGGUGUCUAUAAUGACCAAUGCUAAGAAACAGCAAAUACUAUCGAAAAAUGUCCAAGAAAAAAUCUUAUGUUACUGUACUUGCAUAACUUUUAUUAAAAUACUGUUAAAUAAAUAAUUUAUGGAAAACGCUGUCAUGAACGAAAAUGAAGUGUACUCAGACGGGAAUGAGCAUUUGAAUUGUACACCUGCCUCAUGUCAUUACAUUUACAUUCAUAUCCACCACCGAAGAAUCUCUGGAUUAUUUAGUGGCGGUCUGUGAAACUGCACAGAUGAAUUGACCUUCUGCUAAUUUAAAUCAUCUUGGAUAUGCACAAGUACAAGGCGUAUUCUCUUCCUGGUAAUGUUUUCACCCGCUUUUCUUUAACUUUUAAUCUUUAGUUUCACAAGGUCACACUUUUCAUUGAUAUGAUGUGAAGCGCAAUUUUAGUCAAUGAAUAAGCUGUUACUGCGCUGGGCUCCUGACCAAUGGAUGGGGCACAGAGGUGGGUCUUCAAUUCAAAUACU